AUGUCCUUCAAGAAUUAUCUCACCAUCGUUGUGAUGUGUAUCGCCAUGUCUUUCUUUACCAACAUGAUCUCAGUCAACGCCAUCGAUUGUAAAGGUGCAUACAAGACGGAUUCCGAUCACGCAUAUUGUACUACGGAUGAACAGAAUGUGAACACCCGCACUUGUAGUCUUAAUAAGUGUAGUCAUGAUAACGCUCCAUUUGUUGCAUGGACUGGCUGUGUACCUCAGAGUGGAAACGGACCAGCCGUUUCACAAAACUGUGUGAACUAUGGUUACUACGACUCAAAGAGUUACCUCUGUAGCAAUGCUAAAAGUGAUUUUUUCAUUUGCCCUCGUAAGUUUGGGCAAAAACCAUUUAUGUCAUGUGACUGCUAA